AUGCCUGCCAACAGACCCAAGUUGGCCCAACUGGCCACGCCUGUCACCAGUACCUUUCCCUCGGAGACCAUCUUCUCUGCCUCGACUCCAUUAUCAGCCAGGCCUAUGUCUUGCAAGGACCUCCCCAUCAAGACGCCCAUCAGCCCGCCUACUGCCUACACGGACUUCCUCAAGCACAUGUCUCUCAACUCCCCAGCUGGCUUCAAGCCUUCAGCAUCUGGUGCGACCACGCCCGAGUCUACGCCAGACUCGUUACCCUCGACUGCAACCAGCGAGCAAACAGACGUCUCUUGCAAGUGUGAACACGAACACAAGACCCCGGUCACUGCACCACCUGUCCCGCCAAGCCCGUUCACACAACUGCCAAUGUCAGCACCUCCCACCGGUGCAAACUCUUUCCCGAGCCUCAAGAUCCCGCCCUCGCCAGCGGUAUCACACAUGGACUCACCCAUGAGCGCGCGGUCGCCAUUCAGCGCCAGAUCCAUUCAUUCGGCGUUCGACUGGGACGCAGCUCUCAGAGCCAAAAGAUUGAACGACGCCAAGAAGCCUUCAAGGACGAGUGUACGUCACAUUCGCGAGGUUGUCACGCGAACGGUGACUUAUACGCCGAGGAUGAAUCCCGCGCCAAAGGGCAAGAGGAGGAAGGUGGAAUGA